AGAAUAUAAAGGACCUCCGCACCACUGCAACUGAGCUUGAAGUUGAGGCUCACACAAACAACACCCAGAGACCUUUCGCAGUCUUUUCUCUCCUUGUUUUUGUUUGUUCGUAAAAAAUCAAACCCCCAAUACCACUACCGCUUCUUCUCUGCCACUGCAAUUCUAAGCAAAUCUAAUAUUUCAGUGUAAUUAUAUAUGUAUAUUUUAUGUAUUUACUCAUAUAUAUUUAGUUGUAUAUGUAUUGCAUAUAUAUACCAUUUCUAUCAUAUAGAGCGAGUUAGCUGUAUGCCUCUUGCCAGUGACCUGUAUCAUUUAGUUAUAAGCAUUAAUCAUAUUUUCAUUUGAACAUCUUUUUUUUUUUUUUUGGGUUUAAUAGUGAAAGAAGAAUCAUAUUUUUCAUGGAUGAAAUGUGUGGGUUUAACUCAAGUGGUGAUUACCCGGAUAAGGCGUGGUUGUCACCGGAGAAUCAACUGAUAUUUCCUUCUGAUUACUCCUCUCUUCUUUUUACGGGUCGGAUUCCCACCUUCGGAUCCGAUGAGUUAUUAUCUGCCGCCUCCGUACCCUCGGAAGCUCCUCCAAUCAGACCUGAGAUUCAGCGAGAAGAAGAUAUGUCUACUAUUGUCAAAGCCAAAAUCGCUUCUCACCCAUGUUAUCCAAGACUUCUUGAAGCUUAUAUAGAUUGCCAGAAGGUCGGGGCACCUCCAGAGGUAGCAUGUUUAUUAGAUGAAAUUCGGCGAGAGAACGAUCUUUCUAAGCGAGACAUUGUGCCUACGUGCUUGGGAGCUGAUCCUGAGCUUGAUGAGUUCAUGGAAACCUACUGUGACAUGUUAGUGAAGUAUAAAUCUGAUCUUGCAAGGCCGUUUGAUGAAGCCACUACCUUUUUAAACAAUGUUGAAAAGCAGCUUCGCAAUCUCUGCACUAGUGCCUCCGUUAGAAGUCUUUCUGUGAUGUUGGCAGAGGAGGGUGGUGCAUCAUCGGAUGAAGAUUACAGUGCUGGGGAGACCGAGGCACCAGACUCUCAAAUUCGAGAGGAAGAUAGAGAUCUUAAAGAUAAACUUCUACGUAAGUUUGGAGGUCACAUUGGCUCAUUGAAGUUAGAAUUCUCAAAGAAGAAGAAGAAAGGGAAGCUCCCAAAAGAAGCUCGCCAACUACUACUUGAGUGGUGGAAUCAUCACUACAAAUGGCCAUACCCAACGGAAGGAGACAAGAUGGCGUUGGCCGAAUCAACGGGGUUAGACCAGAAACAAAUAAACAAUUGGUUUAUAAAUCAAAGAAAGCGACACUGGAAACCGUCGGAGAAUAUGCAGUUGGCAGUAAUGGAUAACCUAUCGGGACCAUUAUUUACAGACGAUUGAAUUACAUUUGAAUUGCAUGCAUGCAUGUACAUUCUCCAUUAAUUCUAUCUUCUCAUCCAUGAAUCAAUGGCUGUGUAAACAAGCUUUCUGUAUAUUCUAAUUAUAUGUGAACCCAGCUCUCCUGACUUUGAGACA